GGAUGGGCUGGUCAUAUGGUUGCUGAUCACGUGCAGUAGGCAGCUCAGUGCAAAAGAAAAUGGGGUUUUGUGUAAAUCUAAGGUUUUAAUGUUAUCAUAUAUCAAGCUACCUCGUAAAAACCGACACUGAAGCCUGCCGGACAACAAAUCAUAGGUCAAAAAUAUGAGUUCUUCAUAUUAUGUGAAUGCUCUUUUCAGCAAAUAUACAGCUGGCUCUUCUCUGUUCCAAAACACAGACUCAGGCUCCUGUUCAUUUCCUACAAACUCUCAGAGAAGCAGCUAUGGAGCCAGUGCUGGGGCUUUUGCAUCUUCGAUGCCCGGUCUUUACAAUGUGAACAGCACUUUGUAUCAAAGCCCUUUCGGUGGUUAUAGUCUGGGCUCAGAAGCUUACAAUCUACACUGCUCCACGUUUGAUCAGAACAUCCCUCUGCUUUGCAAUGACCUGGCCAAGGCAGCCUGUGACAAGGUGGAGGAAUCAGCCCUGCACUCCCAGGCAGACAGCAAUUUUCGCAUUUACCCCUGGAUGAGAUCUUCAGGACCCGACAGGAAGAGGGGUCGCCAGACCUAUACCCGUUACCAAACCCUAGAAUUGGAGAAGGAAUUCCACUUCAAUCGCUAUUUAACGAGAAGAAGAAGGAUAGAGAUUGCCCAUGCCUUGUGUUUGACAGAGAGACAAAUAAAAAUCUGGUUUCAAAACAGGAGGAUGAAAUGGAAGAAGGAACACAAAGACGACAACAGCAAUACUACCGACACCGGGGAGGAGACCACAGCAUCCACUACAACUGCUGAAGAGAAAGUGAAAGAGGACGAUUAACCCCUCAUUGUCUGGAGCACUUAGUGCUUUUCGCAUUUGCACGUGACUGUGAAAGCUUUUUUGAAAAUGUUUGUUUAAACAUGUGUUGUUUUUUUGUUUUGUUUGUUUUUUAAACUUGUUCUUGAAGAUUUUGGUAGUACCACAAGCCAGGCCGUAGACAGUCAUUCAGGGAGCAGUUUAAUCUUUUAUCU